GUCGAAGAAAUGGUGGUAGUAACGUGUGUUUAUGAAGGAGCUAGCGAUGAAGUCAAAAGGCAAGAAGAAAAACUCACUAUUCUUGCUCAAAAAUACGGUGGUAUGAGUGGUGGGGCUGAUAAUGGAAAAUAUGGGUAUCGAUUAACUUUCGCUAUUGCAUACCUUAGAGAUCUUGGUUUAGACUAUUCAGUUGUUGGUGAAUCAUUCGAGACAUCUAUCCCGUGGGAUAAAGUAAUACCUAUGUGUAAUAAUGUGAAAGAAGUUAUUAGACGUGAAGGAAAGGCAAAUGGUUUAACUCUACCGCUACUUGCAACAUGCCGGGUGACCCAAAUCUAUGAUUCCGGUGCUUGCGUAUAUUUCUACUAUGCAUUUAAUUAUCGCGGCAUAUCUGAUCCUAUACAGUUAUGUGAUCGCAUUGAGAAAGCUGCACGAGAUGAGAUCAUAGCCUGUGGUGGAUGUAUAUCUCACCAUCAUGGUAUUGGCAAGCUGCGGAAGCAUUGGUAUCCAGAAAGUGUUAGUGAUUGUGGUCUGUCUACCUUGAGAGCCAUUAAGGAAGGACUUGAUCCAUUGGUAUGUACUAUUUUUCCGUUCUCUGUUUUAAAAUGAAG